CCCGGGCCCCGCGCAGCCCGUCUGGGGCCUGGGGAGGGGAGUCCCUUCGUCCCUGUGGAGGGGCCAGCGCCGCCGAGGAGCCCUCAAGGCUCCGGGGUCGGCUUUCCGGCGUGUCUUGUAUGAACAUUGGACCCGUACCUUCAUCUGCAGUUGUACAUAGUCUGUAGCUGAUUCAGAAGAAGACUGCAAGUUGACUCAUCCUCUGUUGGAAGAGAUGCAGAAUUGUCAGUGAUGGAGGCCCCCACCCCCAGCUCCGUGCACCUGAGUGACUGGCAGAGAAGUUACUUUGCUAUUGCCUCUGACACCUGCACACCUGCACAGAAGGCAGAUGAGUACCGUGCCAAAAUCCUGCGCAUUCAGUAUGCAUGGGCAAACUCUGAGAUCUCCCAGGCCUGUGCUGCCAGCCUGUUCAAAAAGUACGCGGAGAAAUACUCUGCAAUUAUUGACUCUGGCAACAUGGAGACUGGCUUGAAUAACUAUGCAGAAAACAUUUUGACUUUGGCAAAGUGUCAGCAGAAUGACAGUGACAAGUGGCAAUCUGCCUUGACAACAGAUAAUGUAUUUGAAUUAAAGUGUGUGCAAGAGAGGAUGCAGGCUGGCAAAAUUUUCCAGAGCUCUCAGAUGGCACCAACAGAUGCCUGUGUACAAGCUGAUAAAGGGGUCAGUGCCUCCGCUGCUCCAGCUCUUUCUAAACUCGGUGUCUUAGGCAGUGCCGGAGAGACUGAGCUCUGUGCUGGCUCAGCAAAAUGUGCAAGUCAGGGACCAGAUCUCCUGGAGCAUCCUUCAUCUUCAAAGUCUCUUCAAAGCCGUGUGCCCCCUGUGACCAAAACUUCAGAUACACUGCUUGCUGCUUCAGCCUCCUUAAGCAAAAGGGUUCAACCAGUUUUCCAGGCAACUCCACUGUUUGGAAGUAAAGAAGCCACAAGUAGUAGUUCUCUGAAAAUGUCAGGUAACUCUUGUGAUGGGCAAAAUUUGUCUCUUUUUAACCAGUCGGCUCCACCUGCUUGGUCUGCAAGUUCUGGGAAAAGAAAAGCAUUCUAUGGUCUGGCUGAUGAAAGCAGCACAGUUAUCCCUAGCCUUGCUCCAUGCCAGCCUCUCAUUAGCACCGAAACCAGUAGUUUUUCAGGGCAUAGAAACAGAAAUGAAGAGAGCAGUGCUCCAGGUUUUAAAACUGCAAAAGAACAGCUGCGGGUGGAUCAGCAAAAGAAAUCUCAAAACCAUCCCCAGCGUGCACCAGUCUCAUCAUAUGGAGGUGUAAAAAAAUCUCUGGGUGCAGGCAGGUCUCGGGGUCCAUUUGGCAAGUUUGUUCCUCCAGUUCCAAAGCAAGAUGGAAGUGAAAAUGAAGGAGCACAGUGUAAACCUCACACAAGAGAACCAACAGAUUCAUUGUUGCCUGUAGAUGAACGGCUGAAAAACAUAGAACCAAAAAUGGUUGAGCUCAUUAUGCAUGAGAUCAUGGACCACGGGCCCCCGGUCAACUGGGAUGACAUCGCCGGAGUUGAGUUUGCUAAAGCUACUAUAAAGGAAAUAGUGGUCUGGCCUAUGCUGAGGCCAGACAUCUUCACUGGGUUGCGUGGUCCUCCUAAAGGAAUUCUGCUCUUUGGCCCCCCUGGGACUGGCAAGACUCUCAUAGGCAAGUGCAUUGCAUGCCAGUCUGGAGCAACUUUUUUUAGCAUCAGUGCCUCUUCUUUGACUUCCAAAUGGGUGGGUGAGGGGGAAAAGAUGGUCCGUGCACUGUUUGCUGUGGCACGAUGUCAACAGCCAGCAGUGAUUUUCAUCGAUGAAAUUGAUUCUCUUCUGUCUCAGCGUGGGGAGGGGGAGCAUGAGUCGUCGAGAAGAAUAAAAACUGAAUUUCUGAUCCAGUUAGAUGGGGCAACAACCUCCUCUGAAGAUCGUAUUCUAGUGGUCGGGGCAACAAAUCGACCCCAAGAGAUCGAUGAAGCUGCCCGAAGGAGACUGGUAAAGAGACUGUACAUCCCUCUUCCAGAGGCCUCAGCCAGGAAGCAGAUUGUUACUCGUCUCAUGUCCAAGGAGCACUGCUCCCUAAAUGAAGAGGAAAUUGAACUUAUAGUUAAGAAAUCCGAUGGGUUUUCUGGGGCAGACAUGACACAGCUCUGCCGGGAAGCGUCUCUGGGCCCCAUCCGCAGUCUGCAGUCCAUGGACAUUGCAACCAUCCUGCCAGAGCAAGUACGGCCCAUCGCUUUCCUGGAUUUUGAGAGUGCCUUCAGGACUGUGCGGCCCAGUGUCUCCUCCAAGGACCUGGAGCUCUAUGAAACCUGGAACCAGACAUUUGGCUGUGGUAGAUGAACUGCAUCCUAACUUACACAGGAACAUUCCUUUAGUACUGCCACGUAUUAAACGUGGUAAUUUAGAGUUGUCUGCACUUCUUUUUGCUUCUGUCUGGGAAUUAAACCUUCUUACAUUAUGCAGGCAGAUGUCCAGGCUCUGGCCUGAGGUUUUGUCAGCUGAAAAGACCGUGAGGAACUACUGGUCACAAGAUGAAAAAUUGCUGAACACCGGUAACAGUGAGAAGCUGAUAAAAUUUACAGAUAGCUGCUGUGAAAGAUGGACAAAUUUCACUGAUGUUUAAGGGAAGGUGGUCAAACCUCACAUAUAAUUGAAGGGAAUACUGGGGGGAAUCUUGCAAAGCCCACCAUGUUGUAUUGGAAGAGGAUCCAAGUGAUAUCAGAAAUAGCAAUUUUGGGUAGAGAUGUAGCAAAACUGAGAUUAAUGGGGAAAAGUAGUUAGAAACGCAUUUUUUGGGAGGAGACAGGAGCAGAGGGAGAAAGGGCCAAGGUGGAUGAGGAUUUGCAUGGAAAAAUAAAAGGGGGAAUAAAAGGGGAAAGUCUCUUGAGCAGUGCUGUUGUCAGCCUUGUGACACAUCACUGCAGUCUAUCCCAGCUUCUUAUUAAAAACUUUUUUUGAU